UCCGUGUGUGAAAUAGACUCCUGCCGUGUGAGGAGCUAGUAAAUCAGGGUUUUCGCAAGAACAACCAAAACGCCUCAAAUAAAGUGCGAGCUAUACCAAAACGCGCCGCAAACCUAAUUGGCGCUUGCAGUGAAAACAAUGUUCAUUUGUAAACGGCCUCUGUUAAUUUUGUGGUGUGUAAUAGUCCUGGUGGGAUUUUUGAAACUACAUUGUCAUGGCAUACCAACGACUACUUGGAUUUCUCUGGAACAAAACUGGACCAACAGCAACGGAAUUGAAGCUUCCAUCAAUACCAACGACAAUGAAGAAAGCUCGGAGGAGAACAAAAGAGGAUAUGUCGAUGCUGGCACAUUCCGAAAGAGACGUUUUCCUGGAGACUAUUCCACUACCCAGAGGUCAACCGUAUUUCAAAGCAGCCCAAAUAAAAAUGGAACGGAUCCGAUAAAUAUGCGCAAGCGUACCGCAUCCACCGAUAUGCUUAGCCGUAACAUUUCCAUGUUAUUGGAAAAUCUCUUGAAAAGCUAUGAACAGUCUCAGCUGCCUACACAUGGCCAAGGUGUGCCUACAGUGGUACGUACCAAUAUACUGAUACGCAGCAUGGGUCCUGUGUCCGAACUGGAUAUGGACUAUUCCAUGGAUUGUUAUUUUCGCCAAUACUGGAAAGAUAAACGUCUCAGCUUUCAAGGGCCCAUUAAAAGUUUGUCACUAAGCAUAAAGAUGCUGGAACGAAUUUGGAGACCGGAUACUUAUUUCUACAAUGGUAAACAUUCCCACAUACAUACCAUAACGGUGCCAAAUAAAUUAUUGCGCUUGGAUCAGGAUGGUGGUAUUUUGUAUUCCAUGAGGUUAACGAUUAAAGCCACUUGUCCCAUGGAAUUAAAAAAUUUCCCCAUGGAUCGCCAGUCAUGCCCACUCAUUUUUGGUAGCUAUGGUUAUACUAGUCAGCAGUUGGUUUACGAAUGGAAAGGAGGCGACGAGGCUGUCUCAUUUGUACCCGGCAUGACUUUAAACCAGUUCGAUCUGAUCAGUAUGAGGAGUCGAAAUCUAACCUAUGCCAGAAGAGAGGGAGACUUUUCAACUUUACAUGUUGCCUUCAAUCUUAAACGUCAUACAGGAUAUUUUCUCAUACAGGUCUACGUGCCUUGCAUUCUGAUUGUUGUGUUGUCUUGGGUGUCAUUCUGGAUUCAUCGCGAAGCUACCAGUGAUCGUGUUGGACUUUGUGUCACUGCAGUGCUCACUUUGUCGACCAUCAGCUUGGAUUCGCGCACCGAUUUGCCAAAGGUCAAAUAUGCCACAGCCUUGGACUGGUUCCUUCUGAUGAGUUUCCUCUACUGCAUAGCCACUUUGUUGGAGUUUGCCGGUGUUCACUAUUUCACAAAGGUUGGCAGUGGCGAAGUUCCAACCAUUAGCGAAGAUGAAUGGGAGGAUAUUGAAGAUGAAGAGAUCGAUGAGGAUAUCGACAAGGAUAUUGAAUUGCCCUCGAUGCGAGAAAGCAAUGAGUCCUUGGCAACAGAUGUGUGUCAAGUUCAGCCGGGGGGAUUUCGCAAACGCAAUGCCAUGAUAUGUCCAAUUUACAAUGAUCCCACGCAUAUAUUUCAAUGUCCUUCGUCGCACGCUUCCACGAUGGAGAGGACCACACAAACCGAGCCACCAGUCUUAUCCAGAGCCAGACAGAUGUGGUUGUGUUUUAUAGGCGAUGUGAAGUUUCGCAAACAAAGGGAGCGAGAUGCAGCUGUGCAAAAGGGAAUGCGUUACGUGAAUAGCGUUUCAUUGAUUGAUCGCAUUGCCCGUGUAGCCUUCCCCAUGUCCUUUGCCUUGUUCAAUCUGCUCUACUGGGUGGCUUAUGGCAUGUUCAAAAAGGACUUUACAUGGCCCAAAGGAUAAGCAUUUCAACACUCUCAAUUGUUUCUAAAGUGAAGCUGAUUGCAGCGUCUCUUAUCCAUAUGAUUGUUUGCAUGAAAAAUAUUAUUAACAAAUAAUAAAUAAAGUCAUUGUUCAAAAGCUCUAAA